AUGGAAUCAGAACGCGGUUUCCUCCCUGAUGACCUGAAGCUGCAGUGGGCGUGGCCGCGCAAGGUUAGCCCCGCCCACUCCGUUUUUCCCGCGCUUUCUGUGGCUCCUCUCAGUCUCCGCGCUCAUGAAACCAAAAGGCAGACCCCCGCGGGGCCGGUGAGUCGGUGUGAGAGGGCGCAGCUCGGGGUGGCCAAAAAAACACAAAAUAAAUGAAUGCUGUAUUAGAGCUAUAAUCCCUUUGAUGAUGAUGGCAGAGCAUCAUGGGAGUUGUAGUUCUGUCACAGGAGGGGAGAAGGGAUCUGCAGGUAAAGUAUAAUUACCAUGGCCCUUCCACUGCUGGGAAUGGAUCACCCUGCCCAUCAUGCUGAGCCAACAGGAUAAUAAAUCAGCCAGCCACCUGGACACAGGGUGUGGGGGGGGUUAUAAAAUGGGGGGAGGUUGUGAUGUGUGGGGUUAUCUCCCAUCAUAACAUGUAGCUCCUAUACAAUAUCAAUUAAUAUUAAUAAAUUAAAUAGUGAUUUCUGUUAGCGGAGACUCCAGUAAGUAUAAUGGAUAACGCCUGAAUUGGUUAGGCCUGGAACAAAAAUUAUUAUUAUUAUUAUUUUAUUAUUUAUAUAGCGCCAUCAGAUUCCGUAGCGCUGUACAAUGGGUGGGCUAACAGACACGUAAUUGUAACCAGACAACUGGACGUACAGGAACAGAGGGGUGGAGGGCCCUGCUCCAUGAGCUUACAUGGGGUAAAAUGACACACAGGGUAAAAGUAGGGGUACGAAGUAGGUUGUUCAAAAAGGAUUAAUUGAGGGCUUAGUAGGUAAUGAACUAAUAUUACUAGAUCACCAUGUUUUCGCAGGACACGUAAGACAGUUUGGGGCAAAACGUAGACCCCCAGAUAUUGUGACGGUUUCUACGAUUCUCUGCCGACCUUUACAGGCUCUGUCGCUUUUCAUAAAGACGGAAUCCUUAUGAUCAUGGGCGUCCGCAGGAAUUAUUCCAGGGGGAGGGCAUAACUGCCCCAUUUGGUAGUGUUACAUUUGGCCACAGCUAUAGGUGGCAUGAACAAUACCAGCUUGAGCACCAGAUUACACCUUCAACAUCAUAUUGCACCUACAGCACUUUUUGCAUCGCAGCACCAGAUUGCACACACAGUACCCCCCACCCAUUGUGUGUCAGACCGUAGAGGAUCUUCUAUUUCCUCCACCCGGCGAUCUGACUUGAAGAUGCUUGAGCACACAGGGGCACACCUAGAGCAGUUGACACAAGUAGAUGCUCCAUAUGUUUUCAAUAAUAUUUACUGCACAAAUGUGUAAACUAUAUGUUAGAAAGAGUCCCCAUUAGAGACUACAAUGAAAUGUAAUGGGUCCUGGAGAGAGAGGUCUCUUUCUGUACCCUUUUUUGCCCCCUCUUCUGUGCCCUCCUUUGCUCCCCUCCUGUGCCUUCUUUACCCCCUCUUCACCUUCUGUGCCCUCUUUUACACCCCUCCUGGACCCUCUUUAGCCCCCCUUAACCUUCUGUGCCCUCUUUUACCCUUUUCCUGUGUCCUCUUUAACCCCCUUCACUUUCUGUGCCCUCUUCUGCCCCUUUUAGCUCAUCUCCCCUUCUGGGCCCUCUGUUGCUCCCUGGCAACUCAACACUAAACAUUGGAUAUAGUUCAAUUAAAUAAACACAGAACAAAAUAGUGGUCUUGGAAAAAUUUUCCUACAAAAUAGAGUUGGCUUUUAUUUCCAACUGGGGUUAUUUUGGUCUACCUUUUGCACAUCAUAUAAAUACAAAAAAGAUAAGUCCGGCGCUCACUCCCAUCACUCCUGGGCGGCAGCAACGACCACAGUACACAUCAGCCCCAAUAUAGACAGUUAAACCAAACAAAAAGUUACCUGCACUCCCUCCUGAAUCCCUAUUUAUAUUUAAACACAUGGAGGUCAUUAAGUUACUCCAAUGGCCAUACCUCCAAGAUUAUACAUAAAACCCGAUUUGAAAUAAUAAAUGUAUAUUCUAUUGAUUACAGGUAGUAUUAUUCAGAAUUUAGUGCCUUACUGUUUUAAGCUGUUGAAAAAUAAUUCUAUGUUCUGUUUACAGUGAGAGACGCCAGCUGGAUUUGGAGGAGCUAGCAAAGGUUCUACCAGGAGGAUCAAGGCCACAGCAUGAUGCCCAGGUACAUGUAGAUACAAAAAAAUGACAAAACAGAUCUCUGGCAUGGGAGUAAAAUGCCACUCAAGUAUGCUACACACUAGUGUACAUCUAAAAAUAACAUCAAAUGACUGCCUCACACUACCUGCUGCACAGUUCAGAGGAAGGACUGGAUUCAGGUUGGUAUGUUGUAUAAAUUAAUUUUCACAGUGGGUGCUUACUAAUAUUACACCAGGUUUUCUAUUUCUGUGAUUUCCACUCAUGCAAACAUAACCCAGAAAGAUGUGGACAUUUCUGAUGUAUUUAUUGUAGAGGGAAACUGGUUUGUAUGCUGUACAAAGAAGCCAGGUGGCCCAAAGGCUUCAUGUGCUCUCAUCAUAGCAGUCUUAAGACAGGGAUAAGGAAAUGUAGGUGGAAUGCAAGAGCCAGAAACACUGUUUUAGGUGCCAAUAUGACUUUAAGGAGCCAGAAAAGAUGAUCAUGCUUUGAGUUAUGUAUGGAAUGUUUAAGGAUCACUCUGGGCACCAUAACAACUUCAUCAGAAUAUUUAACUGUUUGUGAAUUGUAAAGCGCUGCGGAAUUUGACAGCGCUCUAUAAAUAUCAUAAUAAUAAUGGUUUAACUUCCAGUUAAGUUGUUAUGGUGCCUAGAGUCGGGGGGAGGGGGAGUUGAUAUUAUAUAGUUGCAGCUGCUACAAGCCUUCCCCUACUUCAGCAAGCUUAACUAAUUUAUGUAUUUGGAGUGUUCUUUAAAAAAAAAAAAAAAAAAAAAACAAUUAGUAGUAGUAAUUAUAAUUAUAUAAUAAUUAAAUAUUAAGGGAACUCUGAUGUGUUUAAACACAUCUCUUUAAACAAAAGCAUAAGUUGUGAUACAAAUGGAUCAAGGACCAAAAACCAACCAAAGACUUAUAGUUUUGACAUGUGGGGACUUAUCGGCAGUGUGUUUAGGUCCAGAAGUCGAACUCUUUCUGCAGCAGUUAGCUGAAUUUUAAAUAAAAUUGCAGUGAAAGCAGAACAUAAUAAAAUUCUCCACUGACUAAUGAAAAUUCAAAAUAUAUACACACAACAUAUAUAUGAUAUACAUACAAAUAUAUAAUAAUCCUGGCUAUGCUCCAUAAACUCACAGCAAAUAAACACUCUUGUUUCUGCAUUUCAACUUCCUCUUCAGCUACUGUGUUUUGUUUUGUUUGUUCGCUAACAACCCUAAUUGGUAUAUACAUAUAUUUGUACAAGGCUGCUGAUAUAUAUAUUUGGUCAAUAAAUCACCACAUUUGACUUGAUGACUAAGUUCCUAGCGUGUCUCUAUUUAAACAUUGAUAUGGCAACCCCAGCUGAAUGCACAUCCAAGUGGUGAUUACCUCUUUGUGAUUGGUUUCUCAGCUGCCACCUCUCUAGUUCACAUAACGUGAAAGAUAAGAGAAAUCAAAGUGUGGCACUUGUUUACCAGAUUGUGUAAGUAUAGAGACGUAUAUACAUUACGAAGUUGUAAAUCAAUACAUCUGGUCCAUCGGGAGAUUUCCUCAUGUAAUAAAAGGCAGACGUAAGAUCUAGGACUAACGUUACUGCUUAAAACUGCAGUUUAACAGUGAAUAGUCCUUAUGUAAGCGCAGAAGGAGGGAGUUUUAAUUUUGUCUGCCUCCAGUAUAAAUGGUCUAUAAAUGUUAAAGGGGCAGUAAAUUACAUUUUGUUCUUUUAUUUAGUCAACAAUUUAUUUAUUUUUGUCAAUCUUUGUUAUAUUGAGACAACAUUCAAAUCAUUACAGAAAGGACAAAGUAGUUAGAAAAAGUCAUCAAAAAUACAAGUGGUACAUAGACUCCUGUUGCAUCUGUCUCCUUUUUUUAUAUAAGAAAAGUGAAAAAAAUCAUGCUUGACUAACUUGCUAACUGAACAAACUAAUACGGGAUAUUUAAUUUACUGGACAUGUCGAUAUGCAAUAUUAACAAGUGGGCAGAGUGCCCUUAAUUAUUACAACAACAUUAGAACAGCAUGGGUAUGAGCCACUGAAAACUAUAGUUAUUCAUGCUUGACUGCACCUACUGGAGCAUUAGAGAAGAGUAAAUGUAAAAAAAAAAGAAAGAAUUUAACAUGCCGAUUAGUGGCAGUGUUGUAAUGUCAGACAAGACAAGAUAUGGUAUCCGCCAUAGUAGACACCACUUACAAGCGGUGAGCCCGGUGUCAGGGUCAGCCUACUCCCGCAGGCAGUAUAGGUGAUGUAUGAAUUGAAAAGUCCAGGCGGCCAAUAACAGGGAACUAGUUUAAAAUUUUCUGGAUAGUUAUAUUAGACCAAAUACUUAUCUAUGUAAAUUACUGCCAAACAACGAAAAAAUCUUUACUGCUUUAUUUACUUACAUCUGCAUCCGUGUUUCAAGGAAAAUGCGACUGCUGGCUAAAUUUAUGUUUUAAGUUAUGUUUACUGUUGAUUUUGCAUAGACUUCAGUAGUAUGGCUAUCAUAAGUCCUCAUCUUACACGUUUUAUGGUUGUCAGUCCUUUUAAAUAUACAGAAUGGUCAAGAUUUGUAUCAUUAGAUAAGAACAAAGUCAUAACAAAGGAUCACUGUGAGACAAAAUGUACGUUGUAUUAUUAAACUACCCUAAAUUGCAGCCAGGUGCUUUGUCAUCUGUGUAUAAUGUUGCAUUGAGCCUGUCCACACCGCAUUGUGUGGCACAGAGGCAGAUCAUUUUGCUUGUGUUUAACAUGUGCCAUCUCCAGCAGGAUAUAUCUGUUAGCUAAACAAAAGUAUUUAUCUGCAGUAGCCCUAUACCAAUUCAAGUAAGAAACAACUUUUUUUUCACAGAGCUUACUGCUUCAGGUUCUGUCAUAUAUAGAGUUUCUACAGAGCAGGAUUCAGGAUGUCCAGAAAUGUUUGGUACCAUCAGAAACCCCUAGAGGUAAGUGGUGAGAUAUGCCAGUAGGAAUUUUUUUUCUGUAAUACAAAAUUUAACAAGUAAUAGGACACAGGAUUUUUCACAAAAUUUUGACUCUCAUAAAAUUCAAAGUGAAAAUCAAAUCUUACCACAAAUAGCCACAAUGAAAACAUAAUUAGCUUGGAGGAUUUUCUUAAUUUUGGUCUAAAAUUUUAAAUUCACUUUGAAUUUGGUUAGGAACCCUGGCAGGAUUAUUGUGAACUGUUGCAAAGUGAUUUUCAAAUUUUACAACAAAAUAGCCAGACUUGAAAAAUUCUCAGUCAGCUAUGUUUUCAGUUCAGUUACUUUGGCGUAAAAGUUCAAAUUCAGUUUGAAUUCAUGACGUGUCACCUUUAGUGACUUUCCCUGACAGUUUAAUGGUAGACACAUGCCAAUGGACCAAUUUACUCUGUGCAUUCCUAAUUUCCUGCUCAGGCAACAAUGUAUUUAUCCUAAGACUUCUUAAACUCCUUCUUUGUAUUAGUCUCUACCAUCUCUGCUGGGGGGCUUUUUCUAGCAAGCACAACUCUUACGGUCAGAAUCAGAUUUUGUUCCAGCUACCCUUUUUCUGCAGCAGGUAUUACCCUGUUUAACUUCAUUCCUUUCUUUGCAUUUGCAUGUUUCUCUAUACCUUCUUUGUUACAAUAAUAUUUUCGAUUUACAGUGUUUUCCUAUCCAUACUUGUAUGUAGAUGUUAUGUAAACAUUUUUAAUGUACUUUAGGUAAAUACACCAGUUAGAGAGCUUUAGAUAGCAUAAUAUUGCUGUAACACAACUCUAUUUGUAAUGUGGUGACACUGACUCUUAUUGUACUUUCUACCAUCACCUGUGACCUCUAGAAGUACUUUGUAUUCCCAAUGUCACUCCGAAACAAGAUAAAGUUAAUAGAUCCAUCCGAAGACCCAGGAAAAACCGCCCAAAAGGUAGGACAGUCCUCCAUGCAUGUGCGUCAGAUCGAAUGUGUGUGGUUACAAACCAAGGCUUGAUUCAAUAUUUUUGAGUAAACAUUUACAAUGAUUUAAUAGUUUGAAAAUAUUUUUAUAAUUAUCGAUAUAUUGACAUAUAUUUUUGAUAUUUUAAUAUUUUGAAAAAUAAUCAUUUAGAAACUAUAUCCAAAAUGUGAAAUCAUUUAAAAAAAAAUAAAAAUAUUCAAAAUUAUUAAAUCAAGACCCAAUUUAUGUAAUUAAAUAAAUUGGGCCACAAGACACAGCAAGAACACUAUUUGAAAGCAUAAGAAGUGCUGCAAUAUAAUACAUAAUAAUUUCUACUUAGAAGAAGAAUAAUGCAAAAUAAAAUUGUUCAAAUAUAAUCAAAAGUUAAAAUAUUUGUCAAGUCUGACAGAAAACUAACUUUGGGUGUGUGAUCCUCUCAAGGUUACAUCUACCUACCUGCUGUUUUCAUAAAUGUGUUCUAACUAAAACUUAGCUGUUUAUAGCAAUACUGGGUUCAGGUUUCAAGUUCAAGUAGCCUCAUUUGAAGAGGAUGGGAAAUGCUUAAGUUGUGGGCUGCUGGUGUGUUGGGGUUGGAACCACUACUGUAAUAAAUGUGCAGAUGAUUUAGAUGUUACCUGUUGCAGAAUGUUGUGGAACUGCCCUUCAAUCACGCAAAAGGCUGUUGAUGAAUGGAUGCAAAGAGACUGAACAGAUAAACUCCUGGGAUGAUGCAGCAUGUGGAGUAAAACAUGCUGAAGGUAUGUGCAAGAUCUGCAGAGAUUUAGGAACUUGCUCUAUAAUGUAAUGUCUAAUACUAUGUAUUACUUUGGCAGAUCCUAAAAAUUACUAUGAGCAAGAAACAGAGGAGACAGUCAGGUAUGAUCUUAAAGAUGCUUGCAAUAUCCUUGAUGUACCAUUCUCUCUUCACUGCAUGUACCCACCCCAAACUCAAACAGCUUGACAUAAAAAACAGGUGGCACCACAACACUGCUGGCAAUAUAACUGCUACACUGAGAUUUAGUGGUUAUAUUGCUUCAAGUGCCUCCUUAUAGGGACACUAUAGGCCAGACCAUUGGAGCUCAUUGACGUUGUCUGGGUGCAGUGUCCCAGGUCCCUUAACCCUGCAACACUAGGUUUUGCAGUUUUUAAGAAACUGCAAUAAUUACCUUUGUGGGCUACCUCCACCUCUAGAGGCUGUCUACCAGACAGCCACUCAAGUGACUUCCGUGAUGCUAGGUGACUUCUGGUUGCCUAACUGACGCUGGACAUCCUCACUCUGUGCGUGGGAACAUCCUUCGUCACCCAGACCCUAAUGCAAGUGCAGCCACUGCCACAGGUGAGCAUUGGGUCUCCUCUGUCGGCAGGGGAGGAGCAAAGGCGGACCUGAGCCAGCGCUUGGCCCAGGUAUGUAACUCUUUCUGCACAACCAAGGGUGGGCGCGAGGGAAGAGGAAGAUAUGGUGCCAGAAAAACGAGUUUGUUUUCCUGGCACUAUAGUUUCCCUUUAAUCCACUAAUGGAAUUUUCUGUUAAAUACUUUCUGCAAGGAUCAGUUGCCUUUCAUACAGUUUGAAUGAAAACACAUCAGACCUUUUGGUUCCUCAUUGCUGUUAUCAGUUUUUUGUAGUCUAUCUGCAUCUAUGUGGUAAGAGGUAAGCUCGGGACUUGUGGCUACUUGCUUACUUUGUUUGCUUCUGCAUCCCUCUCUUUGGUUCUUGUUUUGUUGUUGGGCUGAGGUACCCAAUGAGUAGCCAAACUUAUUGAAGGGACUGCAGAGUGGAAUGUGCAUCUUACGUUCACAACCAUUUAUUUUAACUAUCUAAAUCUGGUUGCUCUGUCCUUGUUUCCCAUUGGAUUGUAGUCUUAGUACAAUGUUAACUGAAAAGAUCUUUGGUACUCUUUUUAGAACAAAACAAUUCUAAGGAAUUAUUAUCUUGGCUAAAUGAAAUUGAGUAAGUAAAAGGAAAAAAAACAUGCAUUUUUGCUUAGGUUUGUCAUCAUUGUACACAUGGGAGAAAGUAAUGAGAGUUCAAAAAAUAUCUGUCCCUUUUUAUCUGCGAUAUAUGUUAUUUCUAAGAUGUUAUCACAUAUACAUCAUUACCUUUUCCUUGUCCAUGUUUAUUUGCUUUGGUUUUUUUAUUUUUUUAUUAUUAUUAAAGAUUCCUGUCCCUUUAAGUCUGCUCCUUGCACACUGAUAUCUUUCUCCCCCUCUUAGCAAUGUUCUCAGACAAACUCUUGUUCCAUACUUGUCUCCUUCAUCCUCUGAUAAUGGUGAUACUGGUCCAUGGCUCCGGUCCGUCUACUUAUCUCCAGGUACACCUCAUAGUGAGUAAUGCUAAUCCUUUAUUCAUCUCUUUUGUGUUUUCUUGUUGAGCAUCUAUGGUGCAAAGAGACUGUGGUUGCUGUGUCCAUACAUCCCAGUUUUUUAUGUCAGGCAUAUUUUAUUUCUUUAAUAUCUAAUAUUUGGGUUAACAGCUUAUUGAUCUAACUGCAAUUCUGGGGUUUAAAAUGAUUUUUUUUUCUAGCUUGUUGCAAAAUUGGAAAGAGCUUCAAAUUGUGUUGGGUUGCUUUUUUGCCAUCUUUUGGAUCAGCAGCAGAAACAGAUUUGAGAAAUGCUGAAGUUGAUGCACUCUAGUCUUUUUUCAGCAUAUGUAACUCUCAGCACCCAAAGCCGCACAAAAAUGUUCUGAUUAUUAUUGGUAUGAAACUGGACAACCUUGGAUUGCACUGAUAACCUGUAAACACUGAGCUAAAUCACUCUUAACACACACAUCCUAUCAUCGUUCCAAGGUUGGACAGCUUUGAUAGAUACUAUGGAAGUUUCAAUCUUUUGAUUAAGAUGCAUAUGAAAGGAAAGAUGUGGGUAGAGGACUGAUAUUCUUAAACUGUAAUAAAACAUUUCAACAGAAAUAUGACGACAGCACCUAAGGUUUUGUUGCACCAAAACCACUGCAAUCAACUGUAACAAUUAUGGUGCUUAGGGUGUCCCUUUAAUGUCAGUUCAAAAUAUUUCAGACAAUUUCCUUACAGGUGGUGACCUCCCCUGCUCUCCAAUUAUGCCUUCAACACCUUCUAAUUAUCUCGGACUGAGUCCUUCCCUCUUCUCUUCUCCGGGAGAUCACAUCCUCCAAGGGGAGUGUUCCCAAGGUCAGUAAGUAGGCAGAGGUAUUGCUAAAGAUGGCAUGAAGGUUUGAGGGUGCAUGGAAAUAAUUUAGUACAUGGCAGUGCAGUAUGGUUAGGUAUUUUGCAUAAAUAAUACUGAUGGUGGCACAAUGCUUAGAAAGUGCUCAGAAAUGUAUGGAAAAAUAAAUGGGUGCUGUUAAGUACUUUUUAAAAUUUUAGUCUAGAGUAAAUGGUUCUACAUGGAAGGGAAGCAUCUAUGGGAUGAGUGCUGAAAUAUAUAUAUAUAUAUGUAUGUAAGCAGGAGGAUGAAGCUGUAGAAGCUGUUGCGUUUGUGUUCAAGAAUAACCAUAACUAGAUUUUUCUUAAAUAGUAAUUCUCCUUCUUCCUUGUCAGUAUUGUUUGAGGAGGUUCAGCUAAGUUCCUGUUCCUCACCUGAUCUGCAGGUGAGAAAUGUUCAUAAGUUUGUUUUUACUGCUGUCAUUGUGAAUCUGUGUCUUUUCUAACGCUGCUUUUUCCCAUCAAUAUGGCGAGGGGGUAAAUGUAAAUAAAUGUCAACUGUUUGUGUUCCUAAUGCUAAACUGUUCCUUUAAAUGCACAAUAGACAAACGGGAAAAAUAAAAUCCAAAUCAAUUUCUUUUCCAUCACCGCUAUAAUGGCCUGAAGUUUUCAGUUCUCGACAGUUCUCAGUUUAAUGAAUAACACUGUCUGUAUUCAUUGUGUGAACAUAAACGUGUGCAAGCUUUGCAUUUCCUGGUCAUGGUCAUUCUGGAGCCUGUAACAGAAUGUCAUUGUGGGGUUUAUUCACUGAACACCGAUUUGUAGAGCACUAUAAACCAAAUGUUAACAUUUAGACCAGGGGUUCCCAACCCAGUCAUCAAGUACCCCCUACCAGUCCAGGAUUUAGGGAUUACCCAGUUGUGUCUAAAGUGUUUUUUUCUUCUUUUUUUUCUUCAAAAACACCUUAGACACAACUGGGUAAUCCCUAAAUCCUGGACUGUUAGGGGGUACUUGAGGACUGGGCUGGGAACCACUGAUUUAGACCAUAGUACCUGAUUUGGAAAAAUACUUCACUUCUGCUGUAGUCACAGCUUGGCAAAUGUUUCAUGCAUUUUUAAAUGAGGCUGCCACUUCACUAUAUUGUUUAGUGACUAAUCCCCUCUUUCUCUUUCUUAUUUAGAGCACUGUAAUAGUGCUAUUUCUGUAGACACAGUGUGCCUUCUAGAGCAGAAUGAGAUAUUAAUUACAGAGUUAAAAGAAGUGGCAAUUAUCUUUUCUACACAAACUUCAGCAAUAAGGAAUUUUACUUUCCUUGGAGUACAGCAAUGCUUCUGAAUCAGGUCCUCAAGAAGCACUAAAUGGUCCAUAACUUAAAGAUCACAUUUUAAUAUGGCUCCCCUUUGGCACAACACUCCCCAGAUCCUAACAAUCCAAUACAAAUGAUGCAGCAUGCUGAAAAGUUUGAAUACUUUCCUAGAGAAAUGCUCUUUGUACUCACAUUUUAAUUAUAUAAAGCAGUACAUGCAUACAUGAUUGAUUCAUACCUGUUCCUCCCAGUUGAAAGAAACUGAGAGCCACUACACCGGUGAUAACAAGCCUAUGGCACUGAAGACAUCAUUGAAACUGAGGUGUAGAUAUCAGUCCUGGAGACUUGACUUAAUAUUGUGCGUGAUGCAUCUUGAUAUAACCAAGUAACAGGCAGCUACAAUGGCUGAUAUCAGUGCAGAGCACAGUCAGUUAAGGGGAAUAAUAUUUGUAGAAUGGAAUUUUAUUUUAGCACUUUUUUAGUUACUUUAUUUCUUAAGAAGAUUGGGAUCUCAAGCUCAAAAAUGUUUCUAUUGCUGCAUUAGUCUAAUGCAUUGACUAUUAAAAUGAUUAGGUUCUAGAACCCGGAACACACAUUAUCCUAUUUGUUUUUUUAUCUUCAACGUGGCUGUUGCAAAGUAUAGGAUGUAUUUAUUUAUCCCUGUUAAAAAAACAGUGCUAUUCAGCCAGUGUGCCUCAAGCAACCUCAAAGUGUGGCAUGAACUCACAUUGACUUCAGUACUGAAGGUUGAAUGCAGGUCUUAAAUUGUGUUUAUUUAGUCAUUGUCAGCAUUCAAAUUGUGAUUCCCACCUUGCAAUUAUUUAAAUCUAAGCCAGUGUUUCUAGAAGUAAGCAAAUUUAUCUGUUAGACAUCAAGUAAAUAUGACAUUCAUAAUCUACUGAUGUGUACCUUGGAGUUAUAUCUUUCAUUAAAGCAUGCCUUGGUCCAACACAUGUUUGGAAUCCUCUGUACUAGAAUACAGUCCAUGACAAAAGAAUUACACCUCUCUUGUCUCCAUUAGCUAUAGAAAAUACAUUCUUAGGAUAUGAAAGGGAAACUCUCUUGGAUACAUUGGCUGGUAUGCUGAUAUCAAUGUGUUUGAGGUUAAAUUGGCUACUUUAAUAUCCUGAGAGUUUGAAUUCACUAAUUCAUCUUUUGCUGUCAUCUACGCUCCUAUUUAUCUCUAGGAUACAAUCAUGUAUAUAGAUACUUCUAUAGAUGCAUUACACUUUGAAUAUAUAUAUAUAUAUAUACUUACUGAAGCUGAUCCACGUAAAUAUUACAUAUUCCCUAUGUUUUAUAUUUCCACUAUGAAGUUCUAUUACCCAUAGUUAUUCCUCCUUUUUGAACAUGUGUGUGUCUCUUUGCACAUUCACAUAACAAUUACACUUUUGUUUUUCCAUUUUUUUUAUUUUUUUUUUAAGUGUUUAAAGUCAUAAUAAAGGUUGAAUACUAUUUAUGAGUUCCAUUUUCUUUGGAGGCUCUCCUUUAGUAGUAUGCCCAUUUGGUAGUUUUCAGUGUUGUUUUUAAAGGGAAACAUCCCCCUGUUUUUUAGAAGGCUUCUCCUGCAUUCACUCUGGAUCACAGUUACCAGUCACAGAGUGAGAACAGCUCUGGAAGUGGAACUUGGAAGCACACGCAGCAGCCACAGUAUGAGAUCAAAACAGAGGUUGAAGGUGGAAUACGUAACAUCCAGUUUCAAAACAAAAGGAAAGAAUGUGGUGAGAAAAGAAGGCAAAAGGUAAAAUAGCUGCGGCUUAAAGACCACCGUACUAUUUGUAAGCAAACAUAUUCAUUAAAUAUAGUGAAACAAAUUAAAUUCAGCAAUAUCUUAUUUUUAAUAGGCCUUUAUUAUAACUAUACAAAAAAAUGAAGGGAAAAACAGCCCCGUGACAAAUCAGGCUGUUCUCCUUCAAACCACCCAAAACAAAUCAACGUCUAAGAAAAAUAAAUAAAUUUUAUUAAGAAUAAAAUCAGACAACCUAAGGACUCGUAUAUAAGACAGUAAGCUACAAGGUUAUAAUGGAAACAGCAUGUAUCAGUCACUGUUAUAUGUAGCAGAAUAAACUCAGACAGGAUUAAAGCUACACAUGAUACUUAGAUACAUAUUGAACCUAACAAAAGGGAUAACCUUGUAUAUAGAUGGUAAAACAAAUGGGGAGUACCAUAUAAGUAAAGGGAAGGUUCAGGUAAACUCCAGAGCUGAAAAAAUCAGUCUCAUAAUAACCCCAUAUUAUAAUGAAUGGUCGCCCCAACGUAUUUAAACACUCACUAUACUGUUAUUAGGAGUUCACUAAAGGUAGAGGUAUAUUCAAACAAAAAUGAAUUGAGAAAAAAUAAAAAUAAAAUUAAAUCACAUAACCUAAGGACUCAUAAAGAUAACACAGUACUAUCUAUAAACUGCAAGGUCCUAAUAAGAUGAAAAGUAAUCGGAACACUAUUCCAUAUAGUAGUCUAAACUCAAGAAGAGUUAGUGCUAAGUAGAUAAACCCUGCAGAAAGACAGAAAGUGCAAAUUAGUAGACUUGCAUUGGAAAUCGAAAGGAUAGGGAAGAUAUUAUAAAUGAAGAGGGAAAAAAUAGAGAUGGAUAUAAAUAUAAGUAUAAAGUUGGUCUAAAUAAGACAGAUAGAACUUGAUAGAUCCACCUCGCAAUGUCUCCCUAUCAAAUAAUCAUCCCAGCGUAUAGAACCGAUCGACCCCAGAGUCACUAAAACAUUAAUCUAGAAGAGUAACACUAAAGGUAUAACAAUGUCGGAGAAACAAGCCCGACGCGCGUUUCGGCGGGUAAACCGCCUUUCUCAAGAGCAAGGUACAGUGUGUCUAAUUAGAUCCCACCCCCCCCUCUCCUUCCCAUCUAUAUAGCCGCUACUGACCGCCCAUCAGGUAGUGCUAAGUUGGCAGCGUCCAAUCCCCUCGCUUGCCGGGAUUAGUCAAUGCGCAUGUCCCGCCAGAAUGUCCGCGCAUGCGCGCAAAACUUAGAAUGAAUGUUCUCUCACGAUUAUCAGUGCGCAAGUCAAGAUACAGCGCACAGGGUGGAUAGAAAAAUCGCCACACACAGGCAGUCACAGAAGGUUCCUAAUAAGUCCUGACAUAGGAUAAAUGCCCUUAUAUAAAAGGGGACAAAAAGAGAGGACAGACUAUAUUCGUCUGAUCAGGCCCUUUAUACUUAAAUACAAAACCUCCAUAGCAUUCAUAUGUCUAAUGGAGGAAAGAUAUCCAUAUAUGUACAGGAGAUUCAUAGGGAUAAAAAGGGGGAGGGGGAAAUAAAAAGAAAGAAAAAGAGAGCUGAAUCAUAAUAAUCUUAAUAGAAAAAUAAAACAAAAUAUAUAUUAUAGACAAAAAAGAGUGAUAGAAGUAAAAAAAUUUGAAAAGAAGGAAAUUUUUAUAAAGCAUAUUUAAAAAAAAAAAAAAACAUCUUUCAAAAUAUUUUCACAAAAGGCUGGUGAUAAUAGGAGAGAUAGAAGGAUAUAAUAGAGGUAUAUAUAUAACCCAAUGGGUCAUAGGUUUAUAUAAAGGGGGCAAAAGAAAAGCCCUCGUUAAGACCCAAGGGUUGAAGAGUUUUAAGUUCAUAUAUCCAUCUAGACUCCCUCUGUCUGAGUAUUUUGUCAAAGUCCCCACGUCUAGGGGUCCUUUUUACUAAUUCCAAUCCACAAAACUUAAGAUUGUUAGGGUCCCCAUGAUGAAAUUCUUUAAGGUGUCUAGAUAUAGGCGUCUCGAGACGGUUCUUAGGAGAUCUCACAUGUUCCAUGAUUCUGUCUUUAAAUGCUCUAAAGGUUUUCCCCACAUAUUUCUGUCACAGUCUAUAUAAGAAACAGAUUAGAACAUGCUGGGAGAUUUCAUCUCUUGAGAACUACAUGAGUAAAGAAAUGAUACCGAGGGGUCUUAGAGUAAUGAAUAUCCCCUCAUCUUAUUCUGGUAAUGCAGAUUUGAUGAGGGAUUGGGAAGCUGCGGCUGGAUCUUGCUCUAAAACGUUCAUGCAAAUCAUUUGCAAAUUUGAACAUGAACAACUUAAAACAAUUAACACUGAUCUAGAUGAAGAAAUUAAUGGGAUCAAACAGUUUCAAAAUGACCCAAAUUUCACUUUUCUGGAAUCCAGGUUGAAACAAAACCUGGAUAAAUACCAAGAAUCAGUGAAAUUUAGGAAGCACGAUAAGUUCCUAAGAGACUCUAAUGAUUAUCAGACUGGGAAUGUUUAUAAAUCUUUUAACCGUAGAACACGACGUAUGUCUGAUAAUGGUUUAACCUCAGAAUAUGACUCCUCAGAUACAGACUCUGGGAGCCAAGUCUCAAGUACCCCAGCAGAACCACAUUCUAAUCUAUCCACAGUAAAUUCUAAUCCUAGAGGAAUCCUGAAGAAGGGAGUUAAUUUUUUAGCCCCAGGUUACCAGGAGGAAUUUCCGAGUCAGCGAACGAGAUAUCAGACUCGCAAUCUAAGAGGAGGGGGGAGGAGGAGGAGAUAUUAGUUGACACUCAGAUAGUUGAACGCAAGUCCAGGAUUAUUAAUCUGUCCUCUCGCAUGUUGACCACUGAUCAAGAGGCUGUUCUGGGGAAGGGCCUUUCAUUUGUACCUACACCUUCUUUUGAUAAGUUUAGUUGGAUUAGGGAUCUCAAUCUUUUUGUUAGAAAGUUGGCCCUACAUAAAUUCCAUUCUGUUCAAAAUGAAAGGAAGGCUCGUGACCUUGGACUUGCACCUCAAGACUAUCAAUGCCUCACUACCCUAUUAACCCUUCUAGAUGAAAAUGACUCAAAUAUCAUUUCGAACCGUACCGGCCUAAAACCCAAGAGCCGCUAUACACCAAAUUUUGCGGGCUUUAGGAACAUUGAGUUGUUCCUAGAGGCGGCCAAAAUAGAGAUUGAAAAAAUUAACUUAAAAUCUCUCCGCAUCCAUUCUAGGGAUAAUCUCCUUAGACGGGAACAACAAGCUUUAAAAACUUUACAAGAUGAUGCUAAUAUCAUCAUCAAACCCGCUGAUAAAGGGGGAAAUAUCGUACUGAUGGAUGUGGAUAAAUAUUUGGAAAUGGCCGAACGGGUCCUCAGGGACACCGAGACAUAUGUAGUCCUUAAACAUGACCCUACUGAUGAUUUUCUGUCUAGAUAUAGAGAAAUACUGGAGGAUGGUCGCAGUAGGGGGUUGCUAUCAGGUGACGAGUUUGAAUUUAUUUUUACCCGCCACCCUAAAAUAGCAACCUUCUACUGCCUACCUAAGGUUCACAAGAACCUAGAGGUACCCCCAGGACGUCCAAUUGUCUCUGGGGUCGAUAAUCUUACACAAAAUGGCAGCCUGUACAUAGACAGAGUGUUAAGACCUUUUGUUGAAAAAUUACCCUCUUAUAUCAGGGAUACCAAGCAAGCCCUAAAUAAACUUUCGAGUCUUAAAUUCUCCUCUUCCGUCCAAUUAUGUAGUUUGGACGUUGAAUCACUCUACUCCUCCAUACCUCAUGAUAGAGGAAUUGAACAUGUGGGAUUCUUUCUCGGUCAGGAAACCCCUAGAGAUGAUUUGUAUACAGCUUUCCUUCUACGUCUCUUGAGAUUUAUUUUGUCACAUAACUAUUUUCUGUUUAACAAUCGUGUAUACCACCAAGUAAGGGGAACCGCUAUGGGGACGGCUUGUGCCCCCUCAUAUGCGAAUCUCCAUCUUGGUUGGUGGGAAUAUCAUAUCCUUAAUUCAGAUAUGUUGAAAGAAUACCUACCUAAAAUUCUAUGGUGGGGUCGCUACAUUGACGACAUUUUGAUUGUCUGGUAUGGCACCCCCCGAGAGUUCUCAGAUAUGGUAGGAUUACUCAACUGUAAUGACCAAAAUCUUCGGUUCACAUCUGAAUUUGGAGGACGAUCUAUAAAUUUUCUAGAUGUGACUAUCAGUAUUAGCCAAGAUGGUACAUUCCACUCUACCUUGUUCAGGAAACCUACGGCAACUAAUUCUCUCCUACACUGGACUAGUCACCAUCCCCGACCCCUCAAGGAGGGUAUACCGGUGGGUCAGUAUCUCCGUCUUCGGAGGAACUGUAGUGACACCCAGGAUUUUAUUUUGAAAGCGAAACAACUCCGACAAUAUUUUAAGGAGAAGGGCUAUCCGAACCGCUGUUUAAAAAGAGCCUACAAGAAGGCACUACAAACAGAGAGUGGUGAAUUACUAUGUGAUCACACUGAUAAAAUGACCAAGAAGGACACUGGAAUCAUCCGUAUGAUUGCAACAUUUGACAGGGGGUGGCCAGAAGUACGGAAGUCACUUGAGAGAUUCUGGCCCAUACUACUAAAUGAUGUACAUCUCAAGGGGGUUCUAAGCCCACAUGCCAAUAUUACAGCUAGGAGGGGACGGAAUAUUCGCGAUCUAUUGGUACCCAGACAUUUUUCCAUUAGAACACAACCACGUGCCACUUGGUUGGGUACUCCCCCAACGGGCACAUAUGGCUGUGGAAAAUGCGUAGCUUGCAAGUUUAUUCUUAAAGACUCUAAGACUGUCAGUGACAGUCAAAAAUUGGUUUCCUUUAAAGUUAAAAGUUUCUUUAAUUGUAAUACUAAAGGCCUUGUAUACCUGCUCCAGUGUACUUGCGGACAGAAAUAUGUGGGGAAAACCUUUAGAGCAUUUAAAGACAGAAUCAUGGAACAUGUGAGAUCUCCUAAGAACCGUCUCGAGACGCCUAUAUCUAGACACCUUAAAGAAUUUCAUCAUGGGGACCCUAACAAUCUUAAGUUUUGUGGAUUGGAAUUAGUAAAAAGGACCCCUAGACGUGGGGACUUUGACAAAAUACUCAGACAGAGGGAGUCUAGAUGGAUAUAUGAACUUAAAACUCUUCAACCCUUGGGUCUUAACGAGGGCUUUUCUUUUGCCCCCUUUAUAUAAACCUAUGACCCAUUGGGUUAUAUAUAUACCUCUAUUAUAUCCUUCUAUCUCUCCUAUUAUCACCAGCCUUUUGUGAAAAUAUUUUGAAAGAUGUUUUUUUUUUAAAAAUAUGCUUUAUAAAAAUUUCCUUCUUUUCAAAUUUUUUUACUUCUAUCACUCUUUUUUGUCUAUAAUAUAUAUUUUGCUUUAUUUUUCUAUUAAGAUUAUUAUGAUUCAGCUCUCUUUUUCUUUCUUUUUAUUUCCCCCUCCCCCUUUUUAUCCCUAUGAAUCUCCUGUACAUAUAUGGAUAUCUUUCCUCCAUUAGACAUAUGAAUGCUAUGGAGGUUUUGUAUUUAAGUAUAAAGGGCCUGAUCAGACGAAUAUAGUCUGUCCUCUCUUUUUGUCCCCUUUUAUAUAAGGGCAUUUAUCCUAUGUCAGGACUUAUUAGGAACCUUCUGUGACUGCCUGUGUGUGGCGAUUUUUCUAUCCACCCUGUGCGCUGUAUCUUGACUUGCGCACUGAUAAUCGUGAGAGAACAUUCAUUCUAAGUUUGGCGCGCAUGCGCGGACAUUCUGGCGGGACAUGCGAAUCCCGGCAAGCGAGGGGAUUGGACGCUGCCAACUUAGCACUACCUGAUGGGCGGUCAGUAGCGGCUAUAUAGAUGGGAAGGAGAGGGGGGGGUGGGAUCUAAUUAGACACACUGUACCUUGCUCUUGAGAAAGGCGGUUUACCCGCCGAAACGCGCGUCGGGCUUGUUUCUCCGACAUUGUUAUACCUUUAGUGUUACUCUUCUAGAUUAAUGUUUUAGUGACUCUGGGGUCGAUCGGUUCUAUACGCUGGGAUGAUUAUUUGAUAGGGAGACAUUGCGAGGUGGAUCUAUCAAGUUCUAUCUGUCUUAUUUAGACCAACUUUAUACUUAUAUUUAUAGCCAUCUCUAUUUUUUCUCUCUUCAUUUAUAAUAUCUUCCCUAUCCUUUCGAUUUCCAAUGCAAGUCUACUAAUUUGCACUUUCUGUCUUUCUGCAGGGUUUAUCUACUUAGCACUAACUCUUCUUGAGUUUAGACUACUAUAUGGAAUAGUGUUCCGAUUACUUUUCAUCUUAUUAGGACCUUGCAGUUUAUAGAUAGUACUGUGUUAUCUUUAUGAGUCCUUAGGUUAUGUGAUUUAAUUUUAUUUUUAUUUUUUCUCAAUUCAUUUUUGUUUGAAUAUACCUCUACCUUUAGUGAACUCCUAAUAACAGUAUAGUGAGUGUUUAAAUACGUUGGGGCGACCAUUCAUUAUAAUAUGGGGUUAUUAUGAGACUGAUUUUUUCAGCUCUGGAGUUUACCUGAACCUUCCCUUUACUUAUAUGGUACUCCCCAUUUGUUUUACCAUCUAUAUACAAGGUUAUCCCUUUUGUUAGGUUCAAUAUGUAUCUAAGUAUCAUGUGUAGCUUUAAUCCUGUCUGAGUUUAUUCUGCUACAUAUAACAGUGACUGAUACAUGCUGUUUCCAUUAUAACCUUGUAGCUUACUGUCUUAUAUACGAGUCCUUAGGUUGUCUGAUUUUAUUCUUAAUAUAAUAAAAUUUAUUUAUUUUUCUUAGACGUUGAUUUGUUUUGGGUGGUUUGAAGGAGAACAGCCUGAUUUGUCACGGGGCUGUUUUUCCCUUCAUUUUUUUGUAUAUUUCGUGCUUUAUGCAGGGUUAUGCCCGUAUUACCACCCUUAUAACCCGUUUCUCUCUGUACUCCCUAUUUGGAUUUUCUAUCUAGGGAAUACCUCUAUUUACUAUUAUCUUUUAGGUUUCAAUACCAGGGUUAUAUAGAGUGAUUUAUCUACUUAAUUUUAAAUAUGGCUGGUUUCUUAUCAAAUAAGAUUGAAGGUAAUGUCUGGUGUAAAGACGCAGAAAAUGUGUUUUCAAACACAAAACUAGAUCUAAAUACUACUACUCCCAACAUUAAUAAAUCUUUUAAUAAACUUCACAGUCUAUAUAAGAAACAGAUUAGAACAUGCUGGGAGAUUUCAUCUCUUGAGAACUACAUGAGUAAAGAAAUGAUACCGAGGGGUCUUAGAGUAAUGAAUAUCCCCUCAUCUUAUUCUGGUAAUGCAGAUUUGAUGAGGGAUUGGGAAGCUGCGGCUGGAUCUUGCUCUAAAACGUUCAUGCAAAUCAUUUGCAAAUUUGAACAUGAACAACUUAAAACAAUUAACACUGAUCUAGAUGAAGAAAUUAAUGGGAUCAAACAGUUUCAAAAUGACCCAAAUUUCACUUUUCUGGAAUCCAGGUUGAAACAAAACCUGGAUAAAUACCAAGAAUCAGUGAAAUUUAGGAAGCACGAUAAGUUCCUAAGAGACUCUAAUGAUUAUCAGACUGGGAAUGUUUAUAAAUCUUUUAACCGUAGAACACGACGUAUGUCUGAUAAUGGUUUAACCUCAGAAUAUGACUCCUCAGAUACAGACUCUGGGAGCCAAGUCUCAAGUACCCCAGCAGAACCACAUUCUAAUCUAUCCACAGUAAAUUCUAAUCCCAGAGGAAUCCUGAAGAAGGGAGUUAAUUUUUUAGCCCCAGGUUACCAGGAGGAAUUUCCGAGUCAGCGAACGAGAUAUCAGACUCGCAAUCUAAGAGGAGGGGGGAGGAGGAGGAGAUAUUAGUUGACACUCAGAUAGUUGAACGCAAGUCCAGGAUUAUUAAUCUGUCCUCUCGCAUGUUGACCACUGAUCAAGAGGCUGUUCUGGGGAAGGGCCUUUCAUUUGUACCUACACCUUCUUUUGAUAAGUUUAGUUGGAUUAGGGAUCUCAAUCUUUUUGUUAGAAAGUUGGCCCUACAUAAAUUCCAUUCUGUUCAAAAUGAAAGGAAGGCUCGUGACCUUGGACUUGCACCUCAAGACUAUCAAUGCCUCACUACCCUAUUAACCCUUCUAGAUGAAAAUGACUCAAAUAUCAUUUCGAACCGUACCGGCCUAAAACCAAAGAGCCGCUAUACACCAAAUUUUGCGGGCUUUAGGAACAUUGAGUUGUUCCUAGAGGCGGCCAAAAUAGAGAUUGAAAAAAUUAACUUAAAAUCUCUCCGCAUCCAUUCUAGGGAUAAUCUCCUUAGACGGGAACAACAAGCUUUAAAAACUUUACAAGAUGAUGCUAAUAUCAUCAUCAAACCCGCUGAUAAAGGGGGAAAUAUCGUACUGAUGGAUGUGGAUAAAUAUUUGGAAAUGGCCGAACGGGUCCUCAGGGACACCGAGACAUAUGUAGUCCUUAAACAUGACCCUACUGAUGAUUUUCUGUCUAGAUAUAGAGAAAUACUGGAGGAUGGUCGCAGUAGGGGGUUGCUAUCAGGUGACGAGUUUGAAUUUAUUUUUACCCGCCACCCUAAAAUAGCAACCUUCUACUGCCUACCUAAGGUUCACAAGAACCUAGAGGUACCCCCAGGACGUCCAAUUGUCUCUGGGGUCGAUAAUCUUACACAAAAUGGCAGCCUGUACAUAGACAGAGUGUUAAGACCUUUUGUUGAAAAAUUACCCUCUUAUAUCAGGGAUACCAAGCAAGCCCUAAAUAAACUUUCGAGUCUUAAAUUCUCCUCUUCCGUCCAAUUAUGUAGUUUGGACGUUGAAUCACUCUACUCCUCCAUACCUCAUGAUAGAGGAAUUGAACAUGUGGGAUUCUUUCUCGGUCAGGAAACCCCUAGAGAUGAUUUGUAUACAGCUUUCCUUCUACGUCUCUUGAGAUUUAUUUUGUCACAUAACUAUUUUCUGUUUAACAAUCGUGUAUACCACCAAGUAAGGGGAACCGCUAUGGGGACGGCUUGUGCCCCCUCAUAUGCGAAUCUCCAUCUUGGUUGGUGGGAAUAUCAUAUCCUUAAUUCAGAUAUGUUGAAAGAAUACCUACCUAAAAUUCUAUGGUGGGGUCGCUACAUUGACGACAUUUUGAUUGUCUGGUAUGGCACCCCCCGAGAGUUCUCAGAUAUGGUAGGAUUACUCAACUGUAAUGACCAAAAUCUUCGGUUCACAUCUGAAUUUGGAGGACGAUCUAUAAAUUUUCUAGAUGUGACUAUCAGUAUUAGCCAAGAUGGUACAUUCCACUCUACCUUGUUCAGGAAACCUACGGCAACUAAUUCUCUCCUACACUGGACUAGUCACCAUCCCCGACCCCUCAAGGAGGGUAUACCGGUGGGUCAGUAUCUCCGUCUUCGGAGGAACUGUAGUGACACCCAGGAUUUUAUUUUGAAAGCGAAACAACUCCGACAAUAUUUUAAGGAGAAGGGCUAUCCGAACCGCUGUUUAAAAAGAGCCUACAAGAAGGCACUACAAACAGAGAGGGGUGAAUUACUAUGUGAUCACACUGAUAAAAUGACCAAGAAGGACACUGGAAUCAUCCGUAUGAUUGCAACAUUUGACAGGGGGUGGCCAGAAGUACGGAAGUCACUUGAGAGAUUCUGGCCCAUACUACUAAAUGAUGUACAUCUCAAGGGGGUUCUAAGCCCACAUGCCAAUAUUACAGCUAGGAGGGGACGGAAUAUUCGCGAUCUAUUGGUACCCAGCCAUUUUUCCAUUAGAACACAACCACGUGCCACUUGGUUGGGUACUCCCCCAACGGGCACAUAUGGCUGUGGAAAAUGCGUAGCUUGCAAGUUUAUUCUUAAAGACUCUAAGACUGUCAGUGACAGUCAAAAAUUGGUUUCCUUUAAAGUUAAAAGUUUCUUUAAUUGUAAUACUAAAGGCCUUGUAUACCUGCUCCAGUGUACUUGCGGACAGAAAUAUGUGGGGAAAACCUUUAGAGCAUUUAAAGACAGAAUCAUGGAACAUGUGAGAUCUCCUAAGAACCGUCUCGAGACGCCUAUAUCUAGACACCUUAAAGAAUUUCAUCAUGGGGACCCUAACAAUCUUAAGUUUUGUGGAUUGGAAUUAGUAAAAAGGACCCCUAGACGUGGGGACUUUGACAAAAUACUCAGACAGAGGGAGUCUAGAUGGAUAUAUGAACUUAAAACUCUUCAACCCUUGGGUCUUAACGAGGGCUUUUCUUUUGCCCCCUUUAUAUAAACCUAUGACCCAUUGGGUUAUAUAUAUACCUCUAUUAUAUCCUUCUAUCUCUCCUAUUAUCACCAGCCUUUUGUGAAAAUAUUUUGAAAGAUGGUUUUUUUUUUUUUUUAAAUAUGCUUUAUAAAAAUUUCCUUCUUUUCAAAUUUUUUUACUUCUAUCACUCUUUUUUGUCUAUAAUAUAUAUUUUGUUUUAUUUUUCUAUUAAGAUUAUUAUGAUUCAGCUCUCUUUUUCUUUCUUUUUAUUUCCCCCUCCCCCUUUUUAUCCCUAUGAAUCUCCUGUACAUAUAUGGAUAUCUUUCCUCCAUUAGACAUAUGAAUGCUAUGGAGGUUUUGUAUUUAAGUAUAAAGGGCCUGAUCAGACGAAUAUAGUCUGUCCUCUCUUUUUGUCCCCUUUUAUAUAAGGGCAUUUAUCCUAUGUCAGGACUUAUUAGGAACCUUCUGUGACUGCCUGUGUGUGGCGAUUUUUCUAUCCACCCUGUGCGCUGUAUCUUGACUUGCGCACUGAUAAUCGUGAGAGAACAUUCAUUCUAAGUUUUGCGCGCAUGCGCGGACAUUCUGGCGGGACAUGCGCAUUGACUAAUCCCGGCAAGCGAGGGGAUUGGACGCUGCCAACUUAGCACUACCUGAUGGGCGGUCAGUAGCGGCUAUAUAGAUGGGAAGGAGAGGGGGGGGUGGGAUCUAAUUAGACACACUGUACCUUGCUCUUGAGAAAGGCGGUUUACCCGCCGAAACGCGCGUUGGGCUUGUUUCUCCGACAUUGUUAUACCUUUAGUGUUACUCUUCUAGAUUAAUGUUUUAGUGACUCUGGGGUCGAUCGGUUCUAUACGCUGGGAUGAUUAUUUGAUAGGGAGACAUUGCGAGGUGGAUCUAUCAAGUUCUAUCUGUCUUAUUUAGACCAACUUUAUACUUAUAUUUAUAUCCAUCUCUAUUUUUUCUCUCUUCAUUUAUAAUAUCUUCCCUAUCCUUUCGAUUUCCAAUGCAAGUCUACUAAUUUGCACUUUCUGUCUUUCUGCAGGGUUUAUCUACUUAGCACUAACUCUUCUUGAGUUUAGACUACUAUAUGGAAUAGUGUUCCGAUUACUUUUCAUCUUAUUAGGACCUUGCAGUUUAUAGAUAGUACUGUGUUAUCUUUAUGAGUCCUUAGGUUAUGUGAUUUAAUUUUAUUUUUAUUUUUUCUCAAUUCAUUUUUGUUUGAAUAUACCUCUACCUUUAGUGAACUCCUAAUAACAGUAUAGUGAGUGUUUAAAUACGUUGGGGCGACCAUUCAUUAUAAUAUGGGGUUAUUAUGAGACUGAUUUUUUCAGCUCUGGAGUUUACCUGAACCUUCCCUUUACUUAUAUGGUCCUCCCCAUUUGUUUUACCAUCUAUAUACAAGGUUAUCCCUUUUGUUAGGUUCAAUAUGUAUCUAAGUAUCAUGUGUAGCUUUAAUCCUGUCUGUGUUUAUUCUGCUACAUAUAACAGUGACUGAUACAUGCUGUUUCCAUUAUAACCUUGUAGCUUACUGUCUUAUAUACGAGUCCUUAGGUUGUCUGAUUUUAUUCUUAAUAAAAUUUAUUUAUUUUUCUUAGACGUUGAUUUGUUUUGGGUGGUUUGAAGGAGAACAGCCUGAUUUGUCACGGGGCUGUUUUUCCCUUCAUUUUUUUGUAUAUUUCGUGCUUUAUGCAGGGUUAUGCCCGUAUUACCACCCUUAUAACCCGUUUCUCUCUGUACUCCCUAUUUGGAUUUUCUAUCUAGGGAAUACCUCUAUUUUCUUUAUUAUAACUACCAUAAAGGUGAUCUGGAAACAUUUCAACCACUUCAGAUAUUUUUCAAGUUGGGGCAAAGAUAUAAAAGUGGAGCAGUUACCAUGGAGACUAAUGGAAUGUUCGUGCGCACUGUGCCAUGGAAUGACUUUUUAGCUCUUUCAGGUGCUCAGUACUUGGUAGGAAUAGAAAGGUUGGUGAGAGAGCACCUAAUCUUUAUUCUUACAAGUAGGUUGUAUAAAACAGUGUACUUCGUGACAUUUCACCUCGUAGUAAAUUUACUCAAGACUAUUGCCUUCUUUCUCAGAAAACCUGAAAUCAAAAUUUCCCUAAAGGGAAAUUAACAAGAUGAAAUUCUAAAAUACAUUUUAUAAAAUGUCUAAAUAAAUUUAAGGACUAAAUUGAGCUGAAAUCAGGAAGCAGAAUCAUUCAGUUCACUAAUACUGUGGUGCUUGAUUAACUAAAUAAUCAUUUUGCCUGUUAAUUAUGGUUGAUUCGGUGAGCUUGAUUAAAGGGACACUAUUAUCACCAGAACAACUACAGCCUAAUGUAGUUGAUCUGGUGAGUAUAGUCAGUCUCUGUAAACACUGUCUUUUCAUUUUAGGAGACAGCAACUGUUGCACAACUAAAGGCCAUUUUCUUCUUAAACACAGUGGGUUUUAUUCAUUAAACUCUGAACUGUACCAAAUUAAAAUAUGAAUCGCAAUAUGUAGGCCCAUAAGCUUAUUCAGAAAAACUCUAACUCAGCUAUAGUCAUAUGUUGACUACUUUAGGUUAAAGGAAUACUUUAGUGUUUGGAAUACAAAGCUGUAUCCCUAACACUAAAGAGCUCCUCUGCCCCAACUCCCUUCAGCAAAUAAAGGAUUAAAAACCAUUAUAACACUUACCUUAGUUCCUCUGUAUUGGCACCAUGUCCUCCAAAGUCAGCGCCAUGGGUGAACAUAAUGCGCAAGCUAAAUGUCCGCAUCUCAAGCAUUAGGCUUUCAAACAGCCUUUAGUGGCUGUCUUAACCCUGCAAUAUUAACAUUGUAAAGUUUUAGAUUGCAGGGUUAAGGGACCAAGUACAGUACACCCAGACCACUUCAAUGAGAUGAAGUGGUCUGGGUACCUAUAGUGUCCCUUUAAAUUCUUUUCAGUUGACUGUGAUUUGGUGUUUAGUGUAUAUUUUUACCAAAUGUUGCAAUUCCUCUUAGUGAAUAACUAUAUACAGUAUAUAAUAACUUUAAUUAGGAUAUAGCAGUUGUUACAAAUUCUCGUUAGCGAAUAACUCUACAUAUAUACUAAGAUAAAACAGUAACUGUAGCAACAGUUCUGGCACUCUUCCAAACCCUCCUUGGUUACAUUAAUGGUUUCAGACCUCUUAUAACCAUCACUCCCACCCCCAGGACCUCCUCUUCAGUGCAGAAACUCCAAAUUAAAUACUCAAGAAAAAUUAUUUAAACCAUAGAUUGUAGUAAAACAGUAUAUAUUUUUAAACUAUGGGUUAGGUUUCUUAAAGGAACAGUUUAAAGCAGAACACUCAUUUCUGUGGAUGCAUUUACUAUUGAAGCAUGUCCAGGAGUAAAUAAUGCAGUGGGGAUUAGAAAAAAAAAUACCGUACUUACCUACACUGCACUUCCAUGUUCUGGUUGAAUUUGACAUCUGAUGAGACACCUGCAGAGAAAUGGUGUAUAAACACAUACUCUGUCAUUCUCUAAUUGGUUCCCUAUGUGCACAUGUGCUGUACUUAUGGCACUGCAGAGGUUAAUUUACUUGAGGUGCCCCGCAGACAGAUGCAGUGAAAUUUUAAAAAAGCAUGUUUUUUUGUAAAACCAAUCUAAAAUAGUUUGAUAGAAAAACUUAGGACUCCUUGUACCAUGUCUGUAUCAAAUAAUCUGGUUACGUCACCUAGAGUAUUAAUACUUACGUUAUGUACCUAAUAGGUUACUAGAUGGAAGACAUAUAUUUGGAACUGCUCCUUAAUUUAAGUGAAGAAAAAAAAGUAUUGUCUUCUCCUGUUGGUUGUGCUUGUCACGGCUCCUAGCAUCUCUGCCUGCGUGGCUGCAUUCACACUAAGCAGCCACAGAGAUGUUUUAAACUUAUCUUGGGCUCGGCGGGCAGCUACCCGGUCUCCCUCCGUUCCAGUCCCCAGCGGGUGCGACGUUCUUAGGAACGCCGGCCACUGUGGAUCGGGCUUUUAAAAGAAACUUACCUUCUCCCACAUCAAAUAUGGCGCCAACGUACGUACGGCAUCACGUCAUAGACGUGCACGCGCGUUUUGGGGUCAGAGAGAACCAAUUACAGCCCAAGGAGGGUUAUUUAAACACAAAUUACCUUUUUUGUCAGUGCCCUGUCGUGGUUUCCACUAGCUGGUUAUCUGAGAGUGUGUUCCUGAUUGCGUUUUUUCUGGUAUUUGACUUCUGGCUUUCCUCAUCGUUGUGUCUCAUUCUGUGUCCCUGACCUCGGCAAAUAUUUUGGCUAUUCUGCGGUAUGUUAAGUCCAGCCAUUCUAAGGUCCGGUUAGACGUUAUUCUUUGUCCUAGGUGUGAUACUAUUCUGCGUGCUGGAUCCACUAUAAUCCUGACAGUGCUCUCAUAAGGGAAGAGAAAUGUAUCUAUAAAUAGUCUGUGUAGUAAAGAUUUCCUUCAGUUACAUACAUAAUUGCCUACCCACACUUGAUCUAUUUAUAUAGCAAGUAAAAUACAUUUAGAUUGCUUUACAUAUCGUCUGCUGGAGAUACAAGCACUGGAGUUUGCCCUCAACCUCCACAACAAAAACACCACAAAUAUUACACCACAGUAGUUCUAGACCAGGGUUGUCAAACACUGCCCUCACUUCCCAACUCCGUACAGAGCAUUUGGUAGCACUCACACCUAACAUUGUGGGCAAUAGGUAGAGUCUAUUGUGCUGUUUGGUUUGACUUGGAGAACAACAACCUAAAGUGCCACUAAGGGCUGCAACCAUGUUUCUAAACUGACCCAGGACAGUACAUACAGGUGGGAAAUUUCAUAGAUAAAAAGGACAGGGUAACGGCCUAACAUAGAAGGUUGUGUUCACUAAACAGUAAACAGCAGAGAAUUAAAAAGGAAAUUGGCAAAUGUUAGGCCAGAAGUGUUGUAUUGCAAACAUUGCCUAGUUUAGUUAUUUCAGCACAGCUGUUGUCUAAAGGGUGGCAUUAUACAGAAUUUCAUUGUUUGUGAAUAAACCACAGAGAUAGGGCAGGAACAUUCUCCUCUGUUAUUAAGAUACCUAUUCUAGUCCCAUAUAACCCAUCUAGAAACAUAGCAGAGUUAAGGAUGUUUUUCCAGUUUUAGAACAAUGUAUUUGUUAAUUUAUUUUAUUUCACUAAAAUUUUCCUUUUGGUGAAUAAACCCCACAGUUUGAUGAUUAACUAUGCAAAUAAAUAUUUGUAGGGAUUAGACAACAUACAAAGACUAUAAAUUGAAAACAGGAAGUGAUUUCCAUGGAACGGAAACAGGAUAUGACCAAAUUUAAGUACAACAAAAGAAUACCUGAUUGUGUUUAUCUGAACUGAACAAUGGCCUUGUCUUCAACUGAGUCCAGUACAUAAUGUAGAUUAUAAUAAUGGCGGUUUUGGGUAGCAGUGAACAAUGGGUUCACAUUCCCUUUGCAGCAUUGGCUGAAAGAAAAUGUACUUCACACACAACUUAGGGCUUUAUUUACAGCUACUGGUGACUCAAAAGCACAGUUUUUUUCCAGCAUAGUUAUUUUGACCUAAAUUUUAUAGUUGGGUUUUUAUUUUCUGGGAAUCCACCGAUUAGAGAACAAUCUUCUAAACUUUUGGUCUGACUGGGAUUACUGACUGACUAUGUGAUGAAAUGGGGUUUUCUUUUCAUAGCUGGCUCUAUUGAACAUAGAGGUAAUUACGCUAUUCAUUAAUACACUAUAAUUGUAUGUUUUAGGAAGGCAUCCCUAACCCUAGUAAUUGGGACAAUAAAGCUUUUCCCAAUACCAUGCGGUGUCCUGGAAAACGAAACAAACGAAGACCUAAUAGCUUAUCUAGACUGCAACGUCUCAGGAAGAAAUGUGUGAAUGGUUUCAUCAUGUUCUGCCAACUGAACAGAAAGCUCUAUCUAAGGUAACCACAGAGAUUGUAUAUGUUGAGAUUUAUGUUACAUAUUUAUUAUUUUUCAGUUUUCAUAUAGCGCCGUAUCCAGAGCACUUGACAAAGUAGGCAAAGAGAAAAUUGGUGAGUUUGAGUCAGAGGGAUAUGCAGUUAGAUGUCCUGAAAACCCAGCACGUGGGUUUCAAUCCAAUGCCUACAGCAUCUCCAACAAAGUUCUAUGAAAGCUUGCAGUCUAGUCGCUGGGGCAAAUGGUCAAGAAUGGUAGAAUAAGACCACAUUUUUUUGUCUCCUUGAUUAGUGCACAUCCUGGGACAGCAUCCACAGAAGCCACCAAGGAACUGGCAGAAUUGUGGAGAGAGAUGUCCGCUCUGGAGAGACGACCGUACUGGUGAGCGUGAGCAUCAAGUCCUUUCCUUAUUCUAACACUGGUUGAUUCCCCAGGCCUUAUCUCACUCUCUCUUUCUUCUCCUCAGUAUAAGAGCAUACCAGUUUAGUGUUUUGCACGACCGAUUGGUAAAAAAAGGCUCUUCGGGCAUCUUACAUGGAAGUCUCUAA